CUCGGCGAAGACUCGGAUUACGACAAGCUGAGUGAUAUGGUCAAAUACCUCGACCUGGAGCUGCACUUCGGGACGCAGAAGCCUACAAUUUCUCUUCCAGAGCCAACUCUCAUGCCUGAAAACUUUAAAAAGAAAGACGUGGUUGAAAUUUUGUCCCACAAAAAGGCCUACAACACAUCCAUCCUGAUAGCCCACCUCAAGCUCUCGCACAUCGAGCUGCGCCAGAUCCUCAUGACGAUGGAGACGGAUCGCCUGGAGCCUUCCCACAUCAAGCAGCUCCUGCUGUACGCCCCGGACGGGGAGGAAGUCCAGCGCUUCCAGAGCUACAAGGAGAACCCCGGCAAGCUGAGCGAGCCCGACCAGUUCGUGCUGCAGAUGCUGUCAGUACCCGAAUACAAGAUCCGGCUGCGCAGCCUGUUUUUGCAGGAGAAGACAGAGGAGAUCAAGGCUAGCUACGAGUGCAUCUGCAAGGCCUCUCUAGAGCUGAAAAGCAGCAAGAAGCUGGCUAAGAUCUUGGAGUUUGUGCUGGCGAUGGGGAACUAUCUGAACAACGGGCAGCCGAAGACCAGCAAAACAACAGGCUUUAAAAUCAACUUUCUCACCGAGCUGAACACAACCAAGACAGUUGAUGGGAAAUCCACCUUCCUGCACAUUCUUGCCAAAUCACUCAGCCAACAUUUCCCAGAGCUCCUGGGCUUUGCCAAGGAUCUUCCUACAGUGCCGCUUGCUGCCAAAGUGAAUCAGAGGACACUAACGGCCGACCUGAAGGACCUGCACACCACCGUCAGUGACAUACAGAUGGCCUGUCACAGCAUGCCAGCCACCGCAGAGGACAGAUUUGCAAUUGUGAUGACUUCCUUUCUGGAGAGCGCCCAGCCUGCCAUGCGCUCCCUGGACGACCUGCAGCACAAGGCCAUGGAAGAAUUCAGCAAGGUGUUGUCCUUCUUUGGGGAAGACUCGAAAAUGACAACUUCUGAAGCUUUCUUCGGCAUUUUUGCAGAAUUCAUGAGCAAGUUUGAGCGGGCACUCAGUGACGUGCAGGUCGGCGAGAGCCAGCGCAGCCCCCGGGUGACCUCCCCCCUCGCCUGGUGA